CCGGAGCGGCGCGAUGGUUCUGCAGAACAGCGGGCGGCGGCGCGUGGAGCCUGUCGGGGACGGCGAGGCCAACCGGGAUGAUGGCUCCUCUUCCUCAGUCUCGGCGCUUAAGCGCUUGGAGCGAAGCCAGUGGACAGAUAAGAUGGAUUUGCGAUUUGGUUUUGAGAGGCUGAAGGAGCCUGGAGAGAAGACCGGCUGGCUCAUCAACAUGCAUCCUACUGAGGUUUUAGAUGAAGAUAAGCGCUUAGUCAGUGCAGUAGAUUACUACUUUAUUCAAGAUGAUGGGAGCAGAUUUAAGGUGGGGUUACCCUAUAAGCCAUAUUUCUACAUUGCAACCAGAAAGGGUUGUGAACGGGAAGUUUCAUCUUUUCUCUCCAAGAAGUUUCAGGGUAAAAUUGCUAAAGUGGAGACCGUCCCCAAAGAAGAUCUGGACUUGCCAAAUCAUUUAGUGGGUUUGAAGCGAAAUUACAUUAAACUGUCCUUUAACACGGUGGAGGAUCUUGUCAAAGUGAGGAAGGAGAUUUCCCCUGCAGUGAGGAAGAACCGAGAACAGGACAAUGCCAGCGACACCUACACAGCUAUGCUCUCCAGUGUUCUGCAAGGAGGUGGAGUAAUGACUGAUGAAGAGGAAGCCUCUAAAAGGAUAGCUGACCAGAUGGACAACAUUGUAGACAUGCGAGAGUAUGACGUCCCUUACCACAUCCGCCUCUCCAUUGACCUGAAGAUCCAUGUGGCUCACUGGUACAAUGUCAGAUACCGGGGCAGUGCCUUUCCAGUGGAAAUCACCCGCCGAGAUGACCUCGUUGAACGACCUGACCCUGUAGUUUUGGCAUUUGACAUUGAAACAACUAAAUUACCUCUCAAGUUUCCUGAUGCUGAGACUGACCAGAUUAUGAUGAUUUCUUACAUGAUCGAUGGGCAGGGCUACCUGAUCACUAACAGGGAGAUUGUUUCAGAAGAUAUUGAAGACUUUGAGUUCACCCCCAAGCCAGAAUAUGAAGGGCCGUUCUGUGUCUUCAAUGAACCCGAUGAGUUUCAUCUCAUCCAGAGGUGGUUUGAGCACGUGCAAGAGACCAAGCCCACCAUCAUGGUGACCUACAACGGAGACUUCUUUGACUGGCCAUUUGUGGAGGCCAGAGCGGCUGCGCAUGGACUGAGCAUGUACCAGGAGAUAGGGUUCCAGAAGGACAGCCAAGGGGAGUACAAGGCCCCCCAGUGCAUCCACAUGGACUGUCUCAGGUGGGUGAAGAGAGAUAGCUAUCUUCCUGUGGGCAGCCACAACCUCAAGGCAGCUGCCAAAGCCAAGCUGGGCUACGACCCUGUGGAGCUGGACCCUGAGGACAUGUGCCGCAUGGCCACCGAGCAGCCCCAGACCCUGGCCACGUACUCAGUGUCGGACGCGGUGGCCACGUACUACAUGUACAUGAAGUAUGUCCACCCCUUCAUCUUUGCGCUGUGCACCAUCAUCCCCAUGGAGCCCGAUGAGGUGCUGCGGAAGGGAUCUGGAACUUUGUGUGAGGCCUUGCUGAUGGUCCAGGCUUUCCAUGCCAACAUCAUCUUCCCCAACAAGCAAGAGCAGGAGUUUAACAAGCUGACAGACGAUGGCCACGUGCUGGAUGCUGAGACCUACGUGGGUGGCCACGUGGAGGCCCUCGAGUCUGGAGUGUUCCGCAGUGACAUCCCCUGCCGGUUCAGGAUGAACCCUGCUGCCUUCGACUUCCUGCUGCAGCGGGUCGAGAAGACCAUGCGCCAUGCCAUUGAGGAGGAGGAGAAGGUACCCAUCGAGCAGGUCAUCAACUUCCAAGAGGUGUGUGACCAGAUCAAGAUCAGACUCACCUCCCUGAAAGACGUUCCUAAUCGAAUUGAGUGUCCCCUUAUUUACCACCUUGACGUGGGGGCCAUGUACCCCAAUAUCAUUCUUACCAACCGCCUACAGCCCUCCGCCAUGGUGGAUGAGGCCACCUGUGCUGCUUGUGACUUUAACAAGCCCGGAGCAAACUGCCAGCGGAAGAUGGCCUGGCAGUGGAGGGGCGAGUUCAUGCCAGCCAGCCGCAGCGAGUACCACCGCAUCCAGCACCAGUUGGAGUCAGAGAAGUUCCCUUCCCUGUUCCCAGAGGGGCCCACCCGGGCAUUCCACGAACUGUCCCGGGAGGAGCAGGCCAAGUAUGAGAAGCGGAGGCUGGCAGAUUAUUGUCGGAAGGCGUACAAGAAGCUCCAUGUCACCCGAGUGGAGCAGCGCCUCACCACAAUCUGCCAGCGGGAGAACUCCUUCUAUGUGGACACAGUUCGCGCCUUCCGGGACCGGCGCUAUGAGUUCAAAGGGCUGCACAAGGUGUGGAAGAAAAAGCUGUCUGCAGCAGUUGAGAUGGGUGACGCGGCCGAGGUGAAGCGUUGCAAGAACAUGGAGAUCCUGUACGACUCCCUGCAGCUGGCCCACAAGUGCAUCCUCAACUCCUUCUACGGCUACGUCAUGCGCAAGGGGGCGCGCUGGUACUCCAUGGAGAUGGCCGGCAUCGUGUGCUUCACAGGAGCCAACAUCAUUACCCAGGCCCGGGAGCUCAUUGAGCAGAUUGGGCGGCCCUUGGAGCUGGACACAGAUGGAAUAUGGUGUGUCCUGCCCAAUAGUUUCCCAGAAAACUUUGUUGUCAAGACGACCAACGUGAAGAAGCCCAAGGUGACCAUCUCCUACCCUGGGGCCAUGCUAAACAUCAUGGUCAAGGAGGGCUUCACCAACCACCAGUACCAGGAGCUUGCAGAGCCCUCCUCGCUCACCUACGUCACCCGUUCUGAGAACAGCAUCUUCUUUGAAGUCGAUGGACCCUACCUUGCCAUGAUCCUCCCGGCCUCCAAGGAAGAAGGCAAGAAGCUCAAGAAGAGGUAUGCUGUUUUCAAUGAGGACGGAUCCCUGGCAGAGCUCAAGGGCUUCGAGGUCAAGCGGCGUGGGGAGCUUCAGCUAAUUAAGAUUUUCCAGUCCUCGGUGUUUGAGGCCUUCCUCAAAGGCAGCACACUGGAGGAGGUGUAUGGCUCGGUGGCCAAGGUGGCCGACUACUGGCUGGACGUGCUGUACAGCAAGGCAGCCAACAUGCCAGAUUCAGAGCUGUUUGAGCUCAUUUCUGAGAACCGCUCCAUGUCUCGGAAGCUAGAGGACUACGGGGAGCAGAAGUCCACCUCCAUCAGCACGGCCAAACGCCUGGCCGAGUUCUUGGGCGACCAAAUGGUCAAGGAUGCAGGGCUGAGCUGCCGCUACAUCAUCUCCCGGAAACCUGAGGGCUCGCCUGUCACGGAGAGGGCCAUCCCCCUGGCCAUCUUCCACGCAGAACCCACAGUGAGGAAGCACUUUCUCCGGAAAUGGCUCAAGAGCUCUUCCUUGCAGGAGUUUGAUAUUCGGACGGUUCUGGAUUGGGACUACUACAUUGAGCGACUGGGAAGCGCCAUACAGAAGAUCAUCACAAUUCCUGCAGCUCUGCAGCAGGUGAAGAACCCAGUGCCGCGAGUCAGACACCCCGACUGGCUGCACAAGAAGCUGCUGGAGAAGAACGACGUCUACAAGCAGAAGAAGAUCAGCGAGUUGUUUGUCCUUGAGGGCAAGAGACAGGUCGUGAUGAACCAGGCUCCAGAGGACAGUCAGAGCCCUGGCCCUUCUGACAUGGAGGACUUCGGCCUUACGAAGCCUCCACGUACGGCAGUUCCUGUUGUCACUAAAAGGAAGCGGGUCCUUUGGGAGAGCCAGGAGGAGUCCCAGGAGCUGGAGCUGACGGUGCCCUGGCAGGAGAUCUUGGGGCACCCCCCCGCACUUGGUACCACCCAGGAAGAGUGGCUGGUGUGGCUCCGCUUCCACAAGAAGAAGUGGCAGCUGCAGGCCAGGCAGCGCCUUGCGCGCAGGAAGAGGCAGCGCCUCGAGGGCACUCAGAGCGCACCGAGGGCCGGGGCACUCCGCGAGGGGCCUGCCACGGGGCUGGGGAGCUUCCUGCGGAGGGCUGCCCGCAGCAUCCUGGACCUCCCGUGGCAGAUAGUGCAGAUCAGUGAGACCAGCCAGCCUGGCCUUUUCAGGCUGUGGGCUGUCAUUGGCAGUGACCUGUACUGCAUCAGGCUGAGCAUCCCACGCGUGUUCUACGUGAACCAGCGGGUGGCAAAAGCAGAGGAGGGGCCCUCAUAUCGCAAGGUGAACCGCGUGCUCCCUCGCGCCAAUGUGGUCCACAAUCUCUAUGAGUACUCGGUGCCCGAGGACAUGUACCAGGAGCACAUCAACGAAAUCAACACAGAGCUGUCAGCGCCGGACAUCGAGGGCGUCUACGAGACUCAGGUGCCGCUGCUGUUCCGGGCCCUUGUGCAGCUCGGCUGUGUAUGUGUGGUCAACAAGCAGCUUGUGAGGCACCUCUCUGGCUGGGAAGCAGAAACCUUUGCCCUCGAGCACUUGGAGAUGCGUUCUCUGGCCCAGUUCAGCUACCUGGAACCAGGGAGCAUCCGCCACCUCUACCUGUAUCACCACGCUCAGGGCCACAAGGCACUCUUCGGGGUUUUCAUCCCCACACAGCGCAGGGCAUCUGUGUUUGUGCUGGACAAGGUGCGCAGCAACCAGAUGCCGAGCCUCAGUGCCGUGUACUCCUCGGAGCACAGCCUCCUGCUGGAGCAGGUGGGCCCUGAGUUCCUGCCUCCUCCCAAGCACACCUUUGAGGUUCGAGCAGAGACCGACUUGAAGACCAUCUGCAGAGCCAUCCAGCGCCUCCUGCUCGCCUACAAGGAGGAGCGCCGUGGGCCCACCCUGGUUGCUGUGCAGUCCAGCUGGGAGCUGAGGAGACUGGCAGGCGAGGUCCCUGUGCUGGAGGAGUUCCCACUGGUGCCAGUGCGGGUGGCCGAUAAGGUCAGUUACGCAGUCCUGGACUGGCAGCGCCAUGGGGCGCGGCACAUGAUCCGACACUACCUUCACCUGGACACCUGCCUCUCCCAGGCUUUCGAAAUGAGCAGGUAUUUUCACAUUCCCGUUGGGAACCUUCCAGAGGACAUCUCUACCUUUGGUUCCGACCUCUUCUUUGCCCGCCACCUCCAGCGCCACAGCCACCUCCUCUGGCUCUCUCCCACAUCCCGGCCCGACCUGGGUGGCAAGGAGGCCGACGACAGCCGCCUGGUCAUGGAGCUUGAAGACCAUGCCACAGUGGAGAUCAACAGCUCAGGCUGCUACUCCACAGUGUGCGUGGAGCUGGACGUCCAGAACCUUGCUGUCAACACCAUCCUUCAGUCACACCGCAUCAACGACAUGGAGGGGGCCGCCAGUGCAGGCAUCAGCUUCGACGCGAUCCCGCAGGCCUCCCUGGAGGACAUGAUCACCGGCAACCAGGCUGCCUCCAUGCCAGCCAGCUAUGACGAGACGGCCCUCUGCUCCAGCACCUUCAGGAUCCUGAAGAGCAUGGUGGUGGGCUGGGUGAAGGAGAUCACGCAGUACCACAACGUUUAUGCCGACAACCAGGUGAUGCACUUCUACCGGUGGCUGCGGUCCCCGUCCUCCCUGCUCCAUGACCCCGCCUUGCACCGCACACUGCACAGCAUGAUGAAGAAGCUCUUCCUGCAGCUCAUUGCUGAGUUCAAGCGCCUCGGGUCAUCAGUCAUUUACGCCAACUUCAACCGCAUCAUCCUCUGCACGAGGAAGCGCCGCAUUGAGGACGCCCUUGCCUACGUGGAUUACAUCACCAACAGCAUCCACUCUAAAGAGAUCUUCCAUUCCUUGACAAUCUCUUUCUCUCGAUGCUGGGAAUUUCUUCUCUGGAUGGAUCCAUCUAACUAUGGGGGAAUCAAAGGAAAGGUCUCACCUAGUAUUCACUGUGGACAGCAAGAGUCCCCGGAAGGGGAGGAAGCAGAGAGAGAGCAGGAGGAGGAGGAGGAGGAGGAGGAGGAGGAAGAAGAAAGCUUGGAGGAAGCCAGAGUGGAGGAUUUACUGGAAAACAACUGGAACAUUUUGCAGUUUUUGCCACAGGCGGCCUCCUGUCAAAGCUACUUUCUCAUGAUCGUCUCAGCGUACAUUGUGGCUGUGUACCACAGCAUGAAGGAGGAGCUGAGGCGCAGCGCCCCAGGGAGCACCCCCGUGAAGAGGAGAGGGGCCAGCCAGUUCUCCCAGGAGGCAGAGGGUGCAGCUGGGGCCCUACCCGGAAUGAUCACUUUUUCUCAGGACUACGUGGCAAAUGAGCUCACCCAGAACUUCUUCACCAUCACACAGAAGAUUCAAAAGAAAGUCACAGGCUCUCGGAACUCUACGGAGCCCUCAGAGAUGUUCCCUCAGCUCCCGGGUUCUCACCUGCUGCUCAACAACCCUGCUCUGGAGUUCAUCAAGUACGUGUGCAAGGUCCUGUCCCUGGACACGAACAUCACGAACCAGGUGAACAAGCUGCGCCGGGACCUGCUGCGCCUGGUAGGCGUCGGCGAGUUCUCACAGGAGGCACAGUUCCGAGACCCCUGCCGCUCCCAUGUGCUCUCAGAGGUCAUCUGCCACAGCUGCAAUUUCUGCCGGGACCUGGACCUGUGCAAAGACUCCACCUUCUCCCAGGAUGGGGCAGUCCUGCCUCAGUGGCUCUGUUCCAACUGUGAGGUGCCCUAUGACCCCACCGUCAUUGAGGCGGCCCUGGUGGAUGCGCUGCAGAAGAAGCUGAUGGCCUUCACGCUGCAGGACCUGGUCUGCCUGAAGUGCAGUGGUGUGAAGGAGACCCACAUGCCCAUCCACUGCAGCUGUGCAGGCGACUUUGCCCUCACCAUGCACACCAAGGUCUUCAUGGAGCAGGUUGGAAUCUUCCGGAACAUUGCCUGGCACUACGGCAUGUCUUACCUCCUGGAGACUCUGGAGUGGCUGCUGCAGAAGACUCCUCCACCAAGCCGCUAGCCAGCCAUGGUGGCUCCGCCAGGCAGCCUGCACUGGCAGGGUCUGGUCUUGAUGUAGCCGUUCUAGGUGGGCAGGCUGGGCUUGUGGGUUUUUGGAGAACAUCUGGGGGCUGCCCACUUCCUCAGAGCAGCCUGAGCAGGGGCAGCCCAUCCCCCUCAGGGCCUCUGAGUACCCCCAGGCCACUGUGGGGCAAGCCGGUGUUGGCCAGACUGUGG